AUGUCUUCAUCAGUAUCGAAAGAAACCGGCUUCAGAAUCGACAAAGUCGUGAACGAAUUCGGUAAAAUCCCUUUACACGGCACACCCCUCGCAAAAGCCGACUCGCUCAUUGCCAGCCCGCAAAUCGUAUUGGCGAUAGUCAUGGACGCGCUCAUCAAGGCAAGACCAAUCUCGCACCAUCUGACGGAGAAAAUGAUCAACAAGCUGAUCGCAGCGAAAUAUCACGACAUCGACACGCUUGCCAACAGCUCAUGGCAAGAGCGAGUAGAUUCUUUGAAAGAAGGCGGGUACAAUCGGUAUCGCGAGCAGUGUGCUACAAAUCUCGGUGAACUGGCUGCGCUGGUUGUUGGAAAAUACGACGGAGACCUCAACAAACUCCUCAAGCAGGCAAAUGGACAGCGCGACGAAGCCGCAUUCUUGCUAAAAGAAACCAAGGCAAUGGGUGAUUUGGCCGUGGAGAUUAUUUUCGAUAACGUCCAAAGCGUGUGGCCAUCGAUUGCACCCUUUAUCGAUUCGCGAAGCUUGAAUACGGCGGCUGAUAUUGGCAUUGGGACUGAUUUGAGCCUGCUAUAUAGCGCCGUGGAGUGGAAUCUUGUGCGGAUGAGUCUAUUUACUAAUGGUCUAUCUGAGGUUCGGCUGGAAAAGAGACAGAAUGCCAUUGAGAGUAUGUGA